AUGGACGACGUUGAUACCAUCCUCAAGAUCCUGCGGAGCGAGGACGGGGAGCUUGAUCUGCCGCCGGACUUGGUUGUCAAUGCAGUUAGCUCCAUGAGCGAAAACAUAUACACACAUUGGGGGCAACUCAAUGAGAUCUUGGUGCGACAUGAAGACACCAUCCGAGCUCGAUGGAAGAAGAAGUCGCAGGCAAAGCGUCGGGAGCUACUCUGUGUGGUGCAGCCUGAUAUUCCUCACCUGCACCGACCGGAUUGCGAAGAGCCUCCUCAUUACUGCGCUGACUGCGCAUGCAAAGAAGCGGAUAAGCCGAUACCUGGAAGCGACCUCUGGCCCUAUAUCAACCUAGAGGAUCUGUCGGAUGCGAAGUCACUACUCGUCUUCGUAAACGCGCGCGGCCGCAAUUGUCCUGGAACGUUUGCUCCAUCCGAACCUAAUUUCUCCGCGCUGGGCAUACGCCAUACGACCGGGGACCGCUACGCGCACGUCAAGAUUCUUAUUGGGGAUCAGCGUGAAGGUGAUGAAGAAAUAGAAGAAGAGUGGGCGUAUGGUCGUGUGGUCGGCUUUGAAUGCGAACCGCAACUCAAGAGCCAGGAUGACGAGGAAGAGCAGAUUGAAUAUGAGAUAGGAUUAGGGCUACAGAUUCUUCGCAUCCAAGAGGGUAUCUUGAGGUUUCUUGUCGGCUGCUGCGAAAAUAUCAUGCAUGAGAUCACACCAGAUUCUCUGUGCAGCGAUCUCUUCCCCAUCAAGCCUAUGCCACCGAGCUUAUCCGGCCAAGAAGAGAUGAUUAGCAGCUUCGCCGAUGCAUCUCGCAAGGCACCGUAUACUGCGAGAGCUGCACCAGACUUCGCACGAAUUCGAUAUCUAGUUUCGACAGUACUAGAGAAUGCCAAAGACCACGCUUGGGCUUUACGGGAGGACCCUGCGUACUUCGCAGAAUAUGUCCAAGCUUAUGCGGACCAUCGCCACGAGAACGUCCUGAAUGAUAAGGGGCAGCCAUGCUCGAUGCUGGGAAGCAGAAAAUUCUAUAGCAGUAUCCUUCGUGAAAUCUUGGUAAAGGCAUACGCUGGUCUCAUCUUCUGGGAUCAGAUACAUCAAGAGCUCGUCAAGCUGGAAGCUCUUCAUGAAUGUGUCGUUAAUGGGCCAGCGACAUCGGAGCUCAUUGAGCGGUAUUGGGACGCAGUGGGGAUUGUGUACUACAUGUUGCGUACAAGAAAGGAUUCAGCGAAGAGACAUCUGCGGAACAUAUGCCUCGGCGCACCUCAAUUACGCCAUCUUCGGGUCAGCGUGCCCAAGCCUGGACGACCUGACUAUACCGUUCAAACCAAGGAGACCGACGAUGAAAUUGGAAGGCGUACACAAGUACUACUGACAUCUCUCUCCGUUGAGUACGACGAAGCCGACAAACUCCAUUUUCUUUUGGAUUUUCUCGAGACACACUGUCAACGCGAACCAUCAGCAAGGCAAAAGCUUUCACCUAUGAUAGAAGUCACUCUCAAUGAGCUGUCUAUCAGUGUCGAAUGUCUUCAUCAGUUGCGAAUCUCUUCCUGCUAUGACUUCCUGGGUAACAUGUUCAGCCAUUUGGAUAAGAAACCGCUGUUGCCUGGGAUGUUGGAAGACUUCUGCAAGGGUCUCGAAGCCUGGCGUGGAACAAUGUCGAGUUGUUGCGAAGGGAUCAUCGCGCCAAAUCUCGGUGAUCCGACGGAUGGAAAGUUCAAUUACCCUAGUGAAGAUGCCCACUCCAAACAGACCGUUGAUGCACGUCGCAAAGCCGAACGCAAUCUAGACAGGUUUUGGAGGUACGUAGAUAACUCGUUUCGCAAGCUCACGGGCUGUUCGCAGCAUGACACCAUACGUCGGCUUUUCGAAGAGGGCGGUCCAAUGCGCAGAACAGCUCAGUGGCACGACCCCGAAGAUCUUGGCACAACUUCGAUACCCGUUGUAUAUGAGUACAUUCCGGUAUUCGAAUCAUUCCACGAUUCAACCCAGGAGAUCACUGGCAACUUCAAUCGACUAGCGUUGGCUAGUAAGUCUAAAUCGAAGACGCAUGGCGCGAUGGCACUCGUGAUCAGCGAUGUCGACCAACACCCGAAGGAUCAACCGACGCUUGUGUCGAAACCGUUAUAUCACGUUGGAAAGGAUGCCUACGCUGUUCUUAAGGCGUUGUUUUACAUGCCGAACGAUAAUGAAACUCCAGGCAAAAUACGCUGGGACCAGGUUGUGGCUACACUCACCAAGCUGGGAUUUGCUGUCGAGAAGCUGCAUGGAUCAGCAUGGCAGUUCACACCAAAGAAGCUGGACUUGCCACGCGGCAUCCAGUUCCAUGAGCCACACCCCGGCGGCGAGGUGCCGUUAACGUUGGCCAGGCAGUAUGGCCGUCGACUCGCUCGUGCGUACGGAUGGGAGGGAAAGAUGUUCAAACAGAAGUGA